AUGGGAGAUUCAUACUCAACAGGGGAAGUGAACAAUCAAGCGCCCAAGCCCGAUGGUGUCAACACUGUGUGUCUGAGCCGAGAAAAUAUCGAGAAGCUGGAGGUCCGAGGUUACAAUGACCCAACUCGUGGCCAAAUCACCUGGAAGACUGUUUUUUCAUCGGAUCGCAUGCCCACUGAUUGGCUCACAACUGGUAUUGCUACUUCUGGUGGACACCUUGGUCCGCAUAGACACUGGCAGGCAGAAACGUACUACAUUAUCAGCGGCGAGGGGAUCGUCAACGUGGACAUGAUCGAGCACAAAGUGAAGGCCGGAAGCCAUGUAUUCAUCCCUGGCAAUGCCGAGCAUAGUGUACGCAAUGAGAGUCUGGUUCAGGAUCUGGUAUGGUAUUACUGCUUUGCAACGGACAACUUCGCCAAUGUCAAGUACCACUUUUCGAACGAUGCGAGCAUUGCUUGA